AUGCGGAAGAGAUGGGCUUGUUGGAGCGGAAGUGACGCUUCCGGCGCCUGUGGCAGCGGCGGCUGCAGGAGAAGGAGGAGGAGCCGGAAGAAGAGGGCUGCCUCUGAAGAAAGGAGAAUGGCGUUCAGCAAAGGAUUUCGGAUCUAUCACAAAUUGGACCCCCCACCUUUCAGCCUCAUAGUGGAAACUAGGCAUAAGGAAGAAUGUCUCAUGUUCGAGUCUGGGGCUGUAGCCGUGCUCUCAUCUGCAGAAAAAGAGGCAAUCAAGAGUACAUACUCCAAAGUACUGGAUGCAUAUGGACUCUUAGGUGUUUUGCGAUUAAAUCUUGGAGAUACUAUGUUACAUUAUCUGGUCCUAGUCACAGGAUGUAUGUCUGUUGGAAAAAUUCAAGAAUCUGAAGUGUUCCGAGUUACUUCCACUGAGUUUAUAUCACUACGAAUUGAUUCUUCAGAUGAAGAUCGCAUUUCAGAAGUACGAAAAGUUUUGAAUUCAGGAAACUUUUAUUUUGCAUGGUCUGCCUCUGGCAUCAGUUUAGAUCUGAGUCUUAAUGCACAUCGUAGCGUGCAAGAACAGACAACUGAUAAUAGAUUUUUCUGGAAUCAGUCUUUGCAUUUGCAUCUCAAGCACUAUGGUGUGAAUUGUGACGACUGGUUAUUACGCCUCAUGUGUGGAGGAGUGGAAAUCAGGACAAUUUAUGCUGCUCAUAAACAGGCAAAGGCUUGCCUCAUUUCACGAUUAAGCUGUGAACGAGCUGGGACCAGGUUUAAUGUUCGGGGAACAAAUGAUGAUGGUCAUGUUGCCAAUUUUGUAGAAACAGAGCAGGUGGGAUCUCAUCGUGUCCGUAUGUCAAGGGGAUUUGAAGCUAAUGCACCUGCUUUUGACAGGCAUUUUAGAACACUUAAGAGUUUAUAUGGUAAACAAAUAAUAGUAAAUUUGCUUGGAUCUAAGGAAGGAGAACAUAUGCUCAGUAAGGCUUUCCAGAGUCAUUUGAAAGCUUCUGAACAUGCUGCUGAUAUCCAGAUGGUGAAUUUUGACUAUCAUCAAAUGGUUAAAGGAGGAAAGGCAGAAAAAUUACAUAGUGUUCUUAAACCUCAAGUCCAGAAGUUUCUAGAUUAUGGAUUUUUUUAUUUCAAUGGAAGUGAAGUUCAAAGAUGCCAGAGUGGUACUGUUCGAACAAACUGCUUGGAUUGUCUUGAUAGAACAAAUAGUGUGCAAGCAUUUCUUGGCUUAGAGGUGGGAUCUCAUCGUGUCCGUAUGUCAAGGGGAUUUGAAGCUAAUGCACCUGCUUUUGACAGGCAUUUUAGAACACUUAAGAGUUUAUAUGGUAAACAAAUAAUAGUAAAUUUGCUUGGAUCUAAGGAAGGAGAACAUAUGCUCAGUAAGGCUUUCCAGGCAGAGAAAAUUUUUCCUGUUUCAGUUUCUGAACAGACAUUACAGUCAGCAUCUUCUAAAGUACUAAAGAGCAUGUGUGAGAAUUUCUACAAAUAUUCAAAGCCCAAGAAAAUUCGAGUAUGUGUUGGGACCUGGAAUGUGAACGGUGGGAAGCAGUUUCGCAGCAUAGCUUUUAAGAAUCAGACACUCACUGACUGGCUUCUUGAUGCACCCAAGUUGGCUGGCAUCCAGGAGUUUCAAGAUAAAAGAAGUAAGCCAACUGAUAUAUUUGCAAUUGGUUUUGAAGAAAUGGUAGAGUUGAAUGCUGGAAACAUUGUGAAUGCAAGCACAACAAAUCAGAAGCUCUGGGCUGUGGAACUUCAGAAGACAAUCUCCAGAGACAACAAGUAUGUGCUGCUGGCUUCUGAACAGUUGGUGGGCGUCUGUCUGUUUGUUUUUAUCAGACCACAGCAUGCUCCUUUUAUCAGGGAUGUUGCAGUUGAUACUGUGAAGACUGGAAUGGGAGGUGCAACUGGAAAUAAGGGAGCCGUCGCAAUCCGAAUGCUGUUCCAUACAACCAGCCUUUGCUUCGUCUGUAGCCACUUUGCUGCGGGGCAGUCACAAGUCAAAGAAAGAAAUGAAGAUUUUGUAGAAAUAGCACGAAAAUUGAGUUUUCCUAUGGGAAGGAUGCUGUUUUCCCAUGACUAUGUAUUUUGGUGUGGUGAUUUCAACUAUCGAAUCGAUCUCCCUAAUGAAGAAGUUAAAGAGCUCAUAAGACAGCAGAAUUGGGAUUCUCUUAUAGCAGGAGAUCAGCUUAUCAAUCAGAAAAAUGCUGGACAGAUUUUUAGAGGAUUUUUAGAGGGAAAAGUAACCUUUGCUCCGACAUAUAAAUAUGAUUUAUUUUCUGACGACUAUGACACCAGUGAAAAGUGCCGUACCCCUGCAUGGACAGACCGUGUCCUCUGGAGAAGAAGGAAAUGGCCUUUUGAUAGAUCAGCUGAAGACCUAGAUCUUCUAAAUGCUAGUUUUCAAGAUGAAAGCAAAGUCCUUUACACAUGGACUCCUGGCACCUUGCUGCACUAUGGAAGAGCUGAGCUGAAGACUUCUGACCAUAGGCCUGUUGUUGCCCUGAUUGAUACAGAUAUAUUUGAAGUUGAAGCUGAAGAGAGGCAAAACAUUUAUAAAGAAGUAAUUGCACUUCAGGGUCCACCAGAUGGUACGGUAUUGGUCUCAAUCAAAAGUUCUUUACCAGAAAACAAUUUUUUUGAUGAUGCCUUGAUUGAUGAGCUCCUGCAGCAGUUUGCAAAUUUUGGGGAAGUUAUACUCAUCAGAUUUGUAGAAGAUAAAAUGUGGGUCACAUUUUUGGAAGGAAGCUCUGCCUUGAAUGUUCUGAGCCUAAAUGGUAAAGAGUUAUUGAAUCGGACUAUAACUAUUACUUUAAAAAGUCCAGACUGGAUCAAAAAUUUGGAAGAAGAAAUGAGUUUAGAGAAAAUUAGCAUUGCAUUGCCAUCGUCAACGAGCUCUACUCUGCUUGGUGAAGAUGCAGAGGUCACAGCAGAUUUUGAUAUGGAAGGUGAUGUUGAUGACUACAGUGCAGAAGUGGAGGAACUUCUUCCUCAGCAUCUCCAGCCAUCUUCAAGUUCUGGCCUUGGCACUUCCCCGAGCUCUUCACCCCGGACCAGUCCCUGCCAGUCACCUACAAUGUCAGAGGUUCCUGUACCUUCCCUUCCUGUCAGACCAAGCCGAGCACCAUCAAGAACUCCUGGGCCUCCAAGUGCACAGACACCCAAAAGCCCUGGAACAACACGGAAAGAUAAUAUAGGACGCAAUCAGCCUUCACCUCAAGCAGGACUUGCAGGCCCAGGACCUGCUGGUUACACUGCAGCCAGGCCGACAAUUCCACCCCGUGCUGGAGUUAUCAGUGCCCCUCAGAGCCAUGCACGAGCGGCUGCUGGCAGAUUGACCCCUGAAAGCCAAAGCAAGCCCUCAGAAGCAGCCAAAGGCUCAGCUUUCCUUCCUGAACCACUGAAGCCUCAGGCUGCUUUUCCUCCGCAGUCUUCUCUGCCCCCACCCGCUCAAAGGUUACAGGAGCCUCUUGUCCCUGUGGCAGCACCUGUGCCUCAGUCUGGCCCACAGCCAAAUUUGGAAACCCCACCACAACCACCACCUCGGAGCAGGUCAUCCCAUAGCUUGCCUUCAGAAGCUCCAUCACAGCCGCAAGUGAAAACAAACGGAGUCUCCGGUGUCAAAGGAGAAUCAACAUUAAAGGGUGACCCAUUUGAAGAUCUACCACUUAAUCUGCUUGCUGUAUCAAAGGCUCAGCUAUCUGUUCAAAUGUCACCUGUUCUAACCCCAAACCCAAAGAGGUUGAUUCAGUUGCCUUCUGCAACACAAAGUAAUGUUAAUACUUUGAGUUCUGUAAGUUGCAUGCCAACAAUGCCUCCAGUUCCAGCUCGGAGUAAAUCCCAGGAAACUAUGCGAAGUUCUUCAAACCCAUUUAUUACUAGCUUGACCAGCACAGAUCCUUUCAGUGAUAGGACUGCUACUCCUGGAAACCCAUUUAGAACUGAAUCUCAAGAAUUAGAGGCAACUUCAUGGUUCUCCAAAGAAGAGCCUGUUACUAACAGUCCUUUCCCUUCUCUGAAGCCUCUUGAUCAUAAUAAAAACAAGCCUUCAUUGUCACUUGAUGACUUUAAGGACAGUUUUGAUCUGCAGGGCCAGUCUACAGUAAAAAUUAGCAACCCAAAAGGAUGGGUAACCUUUGAGGAAGAAGAGGACUUUGGUGUGAAAGGGAAAUCAAAGUCAGCUUGUCCAGACUUACUGGGUAAUCAACCACGUUCAUUUUCUGGCUCCAGCGUGACAUUGGAUGAUGACUGGAAUAAAGAUACAAAUGUUUCUUUCUGUGUGUUGCCAUCAAGAAGACCACCUCCACCUCCUGUCCCUGUGCUCCCACCUGGCACCAGCCCUCCAGUAGAUCCUUUCACAACCUUGGCAUCUAAGGCAUCACCCACGCUAGACUUCACAGAAAGAUAAUGUCAUAUGAUAG